UUCUGAUGGCAAAUCAAACGGAAGGCAAGAGGAGGCAUGGCCACAGAUCGGAUCUGAUCUCUUUGUGGAUUACAUUUUCAGUAAAAUGUAUGGAUCUAUCUCUUCCUUGUUCUUAUAUCUAGAUCAUGAGACUUGACUAAGGCUGUUUCCUUAUCCUCCAUCCAUCUAUGGCGAACUAUAGCCAUGCAGCCGACAACAUUUUGCAAAAUCUCUCGCCUCUAACAGCCUUUCUGAAACUGACUUCCUUGGGUUUCAUAAUAGGAGUCAGCGUGGUGGGCAACCUUCUGAUCUCCAUUUUGCUAGUGAAAGAUAAGACCUUGCAUAGAGCUCCUUACUACUUCCUGCUGGAUCUGUGCUGCUCAGACAUCCUCAGAUCUGCAAUUUGUUUUCCAUUUGUAUUCAACUCUGUCAAAAAUGGCUCCACCUGGACUUACGGGACUCUGACUUGCAAAGUGAUUGCCUUCCUGGGGGUUUUGUCCUGUUUCCACACUGCCUUCAUGCUCUUCUGCAUCAGCGUCACCAGAUACUUAGCCAUCGCCCAUCACCGCUUCUAUACAAAGAGGCUGACCUUUUGGACGUGUUUGGCUGUGAUCUGCAUGGUGUGGACUCUGUCGGUGGCCAUGGCAUUCCCCCCAGUUUUAGAUGUAGGCACCUACUCCUUCAUUAGGGAGGAGGAUCAGUGCACCUUCCAACACCGCUCCUUCAGGGCUAACGAUUCCCUAGGAUUUAUGCUGCUCCUCGCUCUCAUCCUCCUAGCCACACAGCUUGUCUACCUCAAGCUGAUAUUUUUUGUCCACGAUCGAAGGAAAAUGAAGCCAGUCCAGUUUGUAGCAGCAGUGAGUCAGAACUGGACCUUUCAUGGCCCUGGAGCUAGCGGCCAGGCAGCUGCCAAUUGGCUAGCAGGAUUUGGAAGGGGUCCCACACCACCCACCUUGCUGGGCAUCCGGCAAAAUGCGAAUACCACAGGCAGAAGGCGGCUAUUGGUCUUGGAUGAGUUCAAAAUGGAGAAAAGAAUCAGCAGAAUGUUCUACAUAAUGACUUUCCUCUUCCUAACCUUGUGGGGUCCCUACCUGGUGGCCUGCUAUUGGAGAGUUUUUGCAAGAGGGCCUGUAGUACCAGGGGGAUUUCUAACAGCCGCUGUCUGGAUGAGUUUCGCCCAAGCAGGAAUCAAUCCCUUUGUCUGCAUUUUCUCCAACAGGGAGCUGAGGCGCUGUUUCAGCACAACCCUUCUUUACUGCAGAAAAUCCAGGUUACCAAGGGAACCUUACUGUGUUAUAUGAGGGAGCAUCUGUAAAUCUUUAGCCUUGUGAAACACUAACCCUCUCUGCUAAGCAAUUGUGGCCUGUAGCCAUGUCUGGAGAAGAAAAUCAAGGAUGGGAUCAGCAGUGACAAGGAUUUGGGCAACAUUCUGCAGUCUUUGCGAUAGUUCACCUAUUUUAAAUCUCCGAGUGAUCCUGCUGAUUGCUGGUGAAGGUUUGUAAUUAAGAAAGGACCGAACCACUGCCCUAAGUUUCUUUCUGUGGGUGAACACUAGAUAACGAAAGUAGCAGGUGCUAAGUAUCAGUGCUAAAUGCUGUGUAUAUCAUUACAUAUGAAAAAAAAAACUUAAAAAAACAAUUAGCAUUGGACAUUUUAAUAAAUUAAGUUGACAUGAGGUAAAUGUGUUGAUAAAAGCUAAUUUUAGAAGUUUGAAGACUUUAAAACAUUUCAUACUAUUUUUGUUUUGCAAAGACUACACUACUGGGGGACUUAACAGUACUGUAAUUCUUAAAAGAUGUGCCAUGAAUUAUUGGGGUACACCACUUUAAACACGCCUUGUAAGUUUGGGGGAGCAUUCCAAAGCAGUAUAUUGGUUCCAAUUAGAGUUUACCUUUUUUGUAUAAUUAUAUUGCUAUUUCUAAAUACCACUUUCCUUCCCUACCAGUGAAAUUGCUAGCAUUGAACUGUAUUAUGUGUUUUUUGUUGAUUCAGUAAAAAAAAAAAAAAAAAAGAAAGAAAAAGAAAAAGUUUCCAGUUUGUUUCUAUUUUACAAAUGCUAGAUAUCUCUCUGGGAGGCAACAUGAAUGCAAUCAACUGACCAGAGAUGAGCAGUUCUAAAAAUGCAGAAUAAACACGUGUUGCCUUAAAGGGUUAUCUAGUAUCCUUCAUCUUCUUUAGCAGUGGAGCAAGUAGUCAAGAGGCAAUGAAUCAGUAACCUGUCCUGGCUGUUCAUCAGGAAGUGCAUGGAAGAGCAUUGAAUACUUUCCCCUCUUCCCUCACAUGGUUUGGAAAUUAAGGUGCACACCAUUAGGAUAAUGAGAUUUUCUUCUGAGUUGUGCUGCCCAUUCUAGUGGGGUCUAAGAAACAGACAGUUGAUACGUGUUUAUAUUGUAAGUCAGCUGUCAGGGGAGCCCACAGCCUUAGUAUGACAUCUGGCAUAAUUUGUGAAGCAUUUAUUGUAUGGAAGGCACAGUCUUCUUUAUACUUUCUGCAUAUUCAGUGUACUGAUCUUUUAAAUUAUUUCAGUUUUAACUUGUGAAAGCUUAUAAUAUGAUUUCUGGUAUUUUAGAAAUACAUUAGAUUCUUUGAGUCUCAUUCUUUAAGAUACAGAUGUGUGAACUUCAAUAUAAAGUUGCAUUUGCCAAAAUUUAUCUGUGUAGCCUGUUAAUUUUUGUGGAAUAAAUUUUACAUAUUUGGCAUAUAAUUUUCUUUAAUUUAGCAUACAAGAACAAACUAGACAAAUUUGCUUUAUAAUAAUUUUUAUUUUUGUAGCUACUAU